CCCCAUCAAUAGAUGAUCUCCAUUCUGCAUACAUGUUCUCAAAUAAUCCUGCUGAUUUGGACUUCACCUUAUUAAGUUCAGACUCUAAUACUCACUCGAGUAGGUUUAAUCACAAUGACGGACCAAGUUUGUCAACAUCUCCAUUAUCACCCUUGAUGACACCGCACCCCGUUAUCUUUAACAACGAAAUGAUAUCCACUCCCAAUAAGGAGCACCACUUCCCUCAACCUUCAGUGUUCGUACCCUCAGCCGUGCCAAAAGUUGGGCAACAGGAAGGUCCGCCCAACAAAAAGUCUCGAGAAGGUUGGGAGGAGUGCUGGACUUUUGAUCCGGAAAAUCCGUAAAGUCAGGAAUUAGAGGUGGUCCGGAAGUGUUGUAAGUAAGGAAAUUCCGCAGAAACGUCCGGACUUUUUCGCUUCAUACCACACGCAUUUUUCAGGAUAGCCUCGAAAAUAUGCAAUUCCUUGCGGAUUCCUUGCUGAUAUACUCAGGCCACAAAUCAGCUCCAAAUCUCGUGGCUUCACCAUUUCUGACGCGAUUCUCCGGUGAAAUUCGAUUAUUCGGAAUUUCCAUGAUUCUGUCACCUGCAAGUACGGCAGGAGUGUCAAAUUUUCUGAUUGAGAAGUACUGGAUAUUUAUGGGAAGCGCUGACAAAGCCGAGUAAAAGCACUGAUUUUCUGCCAGACAGUUUUAGUCGACACACCAGUCGGCCCCAACACGGGAGGAAUAACUCUACACAGUCAGAUGAUGAGACCAUACCAGACAGUGUGUGUAAAAUGGACGGAUCUUUAAUUUACAAUGUGAAUCCUCAAACUCCGUUGAGCAAGGAAUUGCGCUCGGUCAUCGACAAGAAGAACAUACUCUCAACUAAAACUAGGAAGAAAGUUUUGAAAGCACUCGACGAGCACAUACUGACGGAUGCAGAGCAGAAAGCUGCCAAAAGGAAACAGAAUGCUAUUCAAGAAUUGAUCAGCUCAGAGAGUAGUUAUUUGAAACAAUUGGAACUCGUUCGCAAGUUCUUUAAGCCCCCGCUCCUGGAGUCAAAACUUGUCUCCGUUCCUGGUAUCCGAUCGCUUUUUGGGGACAUUGACGCUAUUUUCAACGUAAACAGUGAGCUGUUACAACAACUUUUGCUCAAGGAGAAAGACAUCGGGUCUGUUUUUUUGGAACUUGCGCCCUACUUCAAGAUCUACUUUGUAUAUGCGUACAAUUACAAACGCACUUCAGAUUUGAUAGAGGAAAGUAUGAAAGAGAGUCCAAAAUUGAAAGAUUUUAUAGGUGUCCAAGAGCGACGUCCCGAAGUUGGAACAAAGUUGUCAUCGCUGCUUAUCACUCCGGUACAGAGGUUACCAAGAUACAAGCUGCUUCUCUACGAAAUAGUCAGUAACACUCCGGAGUCUGAUGAGCACUACCUUUCUCUCAAAGCUGCUCUUCAUGAAAUCGAGAAAAUCACUGAGCACAUGAACUCCCGCAUCAAGGACCACGAAGUUGCCCAAAGAUUAAUCGCAAUUCAGAGGAGUUUUGUCGAUCAAAAAUUGAACAUCGUCAAACCAGGAGUUCGACUUGUCAAGGAAGGUAGUUUAAUGAAGGUUUCAAAAAAUAGCAAAAAAGCCAAUCCCAGGUACUUCAUUCUUCUGAGUGAUUCGCUAAUCUAUUGCAAAGCAUGGUCAAAAUCGAAAACUGCGGAGCCAAAUUCCCUCAGCUGCCGCUGUCUCCUCCCGCUGAAGAAGUGCUUUGUCGAGCCGAUCCUAAGUCGGGGGCUUUUCAAAUUAUCUUGUCAGAACUUUUCGAUUCUUCUCUUCUCGCAGAACGGGACGGAAGAGCUCAACGAAUGGGUUGAUGCUAUCAAUCAAACACGGAAUGAGUAUAAAGAAAAUCUUCUGACGCUUCGCAAGAAAAGCAGCUCGCGAUUUCCACUCAGGCGAAAAGAUCUGAACAAGUUUCUGACCCAGAACGACAGCAAAACCGACCGUCUCUGUCGGAAGAGGAAAAUGUUGGGGCCCAUUCCUGAGGAAAACAAUCACGUUCCGCAGAACGCUUGCCCAAGUGUCCCGAACCCGCUGAAACUCAUGAAGUUGGAUGGUAACUGCAUCUCUGCCCGCAGCAGCAAUUAUUUGAAUGAAAAGAACGUCGCUAAAACCAAUGGACAAAAAGCUAAUGACACUGAUGCAGCAGCAAAUCAAAAUGAAAAUAUUUUCUCUUGGAGUCAACGAUACUACGCCAGUGCAAAAAAGCUCGUCGCAGACUUCGGGAACACAGUGAAAAAUUACGUUCUUUUCCAACGAGACGCUUAAUUACUGUUCAAGAUAUACAUGUUUUUUUUUUUUUUCUUUAAUGACUCAAUGCUCAAUUUUUGACCAUGGCUUGCCAUUUUUGUAGACUGGAUCUUUCAACUCUGAAGGAGACGCAAGCAAAUUUUAGGUAUAUACAGGUUUAGAAAAUCUGGAGAUAGUAGAUAUUCUUAUUGUAGGUAAGGAAAUUUGCUGCAAAGCAAUUCUCUCUGGAAAAUGAAAUUAAAAAUUGGCAUUUAAGUGGCUCAGAUGAAUGGGAUGUUUCAGGAAAUGUGUGAGAAAAUUGCUCGUCUGGAAAUUUUUAAGCUCAAUUCACUUUGGACUUCGGAUUUUUUUCUUUCGUAAAGCAGUCAUAUCACUUUUGAAAAUGCGAUGUACUGAGUCAAUUUUUUAAAUUUUCUUCCUCAUUGAAUUUUUAUAUUUAAAAUUGCUCAAAUCUGAUUCAUAUACAGACCUAUGAUAUCAGCUGACAGUUCUACUGUUUGGGUUCAGCGCAGAAAUAUUUUUAUUCCUGUUGUCAUCAUUUCAAAUGUUCAAUAUUAAUGAUGGAUCUCAGUGGCCCAAUCGAUUUUGUCUUCCUUUCAUUUGUUGUAACAGUUAUGAAUCAUCUUGAAGAUCUCUGUUCUCAAUUAAUGGUAAAAGAAUUUUAACAGUCCAAGUUAAAAUCACUUUUUUUAUUUAGUUCAUAAGUUUAUUCUUGUGAUAUUUUUUUUGCCUAUCUUUCUCAUUUUUACAUCAGAUGAAGAUGCGACAUUGAAUUUUAUUUUAUUUCAACUCAAGGUUUGGAUAAAUUUAAUCAAACGCAGAAUUUUUAGCUGUAUCAGAGAAGUUUUAAUAUUUCUAAUGUGUAGUUUUUUCUCUUCGUCAAUUUUUAUAGCAUCGAUUUUCCUCCAUUUUUUUACGAUCAUUGUUUGAUUUUAUUUGAGACUUCAUAAAGUCCCAAGCAGGCCAUUUCCUCUCUUUAUCAGUUUUUUAUGAUCCCCUGCACUCAAUUUUUCCACGAUUGUUUUGACUUAAAUCCUUUAAAAUUAUUGAUUCAAUUCUUUGUUACAUGUACAGAAA